AUGAGUAAAUUUAACAUAUCAUAUCUAAACUGCCCAGCAUUUGGUCUCCCACCCCCAAACAUAACAUGGUACAAGGGUGGUUCCCCCUUCGUCCCUGACUUACGGAUGGAGCUUUUAACAGGAGGGUUACAGUUGAGGAUCGUGAACACAACCAUUAAUGACACCGGGACAUUCCGCUGCACCGCUGUAAACCCUGCAGGGGAGGAUAGUGUAGACAUGGAGCUAGAGGUCAUGGUUCCCCCCUCCAUUGAUGAAUCAAAUGUGGUGUACACUCCCAAGGUGGUACAGAACCGCACAGUGAUCAUAGAGUGCCCGGUGUCAGGGGUGCCCCAGCCCACUGUGACCUGGUCCAUCAACGACAGUCCCCUGACCCCCAAAGACCGCAUCCGUCUCCUUGACAACAACAGACAGCUGACCAUUGACCAGGCCCAGGUGGCUGAUACUGCCGUCUACAUGUGUGUGGCCGUCAACAAAGCGGGCGAGCUACGCAAGAAGUUCCAGCUGGAGGUGUUAGUCCCUGCCCACAUUCUGACAGAGGUGGCCUCGGAGAGUGAGUUGGUGACCGUCCAGAACCAGACCAUUAACAUCAACUGUCCAGCUAUGGGGAUUCCCUCCCCCUCAAUCAUCUGGCUCAAGAACCGGGUCCCCCUACUGGAAGCCCCCUACAAGAACAUGCGGGUCCUCAACAACGACCAAGUCCUGGAGAUCUCCAACGCUCAGCUAGAGGAUGCUGGGAAGUACUCAUGUACUGUGACCAAUGUCGCAGGCCAGGAGAAGAGGGUGUUCAACUUACAAGUCCAUGUGCCUCCCUUCAUAGCCCGAUCUCAGGGGGAGGAGCUUCACGUAGCCACAGAGGGUGGGGCUGUGACUAUGAAGUGUGAUGUUGGUGGGGUUCCAGAGCCCCUGGUUACAUGGCUGAAGGAUGGACAGAUCUUACAGACAGAAGACAAUGCUCACAUAAGGAUAUUGUCUGGUGGACAGAUUUUCCAGUUUUUAGCUUUCAAGAAUUCAGAUGCUGCAAAAUACACAUGUCAGGCUGAGAAUAUGGCUGGCUUAACGGAGAAGUACUACAAGCUGGAAGUUCAAGUACCACCCCGUAUCAAUGGAUCCCAGUUUCAGCAGAAGUCUGUCGUCAUUAACCAACAGCUGUACCUGACUUGUGAAGCGUCAGGAAACCCCCCUCCCAAGAUUGUGUGGAUGAGACAAUAUCAGGUGAUUCCUCCUUACGGGAACCCUAGUGUCCGGAUCAGGGACCAGGGAAGACAACUCCUCCUGACCAACGCUCAGCUCCUGGACGAGGGAGAAUACACCUGUCUGGUUUCCAACCCAGCUGGCAAUGCUUCUGUUGACUUCUCUGUGUCUGUACAAGUGCCACCCAGUAUUGAUGAUGGACCUAAACAAGUUGUGGGAAUUGUCAACACAAGAGUGGACCUGUCCUGUAACAGCAUUGGACUCCCCGUGCCUCAGGUCAAGUGGGAGAAAAACAGCCAGAUGGGUUUUUUUUCAAAAGUUUUUCCUACAACAGGACUUCGACACAGAAUGUUAGUGGGCGGGUCCCUCGAGUUUACGUCGGUGAGACUGGAGGAUGCUGGUAAAUAUGUCUGUACAGCCUCCAAUGAAGCAGGGAGUGUCAGAAGGGAGAUAAGUCUUGAUGUUCAAGUUCCCCCAAAGAUUAUUGGAGAGACCCAGAUCAACAUGCAGGCUGUUCUAGGAGAUGAUAUUCACCUCCCCUGUAAUGUGGAGGGGGACCCUAAGCCCACCAUCAUAUGGCAGAAGGGAACCUCCAUCCUGAGUGGAGGAGCAGAUUACUACAUCAUGGAAAAUGGGACACUUCUAUUGCGGAGGACAGAUGAGAGGGACUCUGGAAUGUACAUUUGUAUCGCUCGUAACAACGCUGGGACAGCCAUGGCACAAAUCUUUCUCAGGAUGUUUAUUCCUCCCAAAAUUACGGACGUGACUCAGACCCAGUACUCUGUACAGCAGGGCCGGAACAUCGUACUACCGUGUCGUGCCGAGGGUCGUCCCCAGCCGGCGAUAUCCUGGGAGAAGGACGGACAGAAACUGACGGGCAGUUACCACUACCGUCUGCUCAGAUCGGGCUGGCUACUCAUCCCCUACUCAAGGCCAGAAGACACAGGGACCUAUCGAUGUAUCGCUACAAACACGGCCGGUCUUGAUGAAGUUAGCAUCACCCUCACUGUUCACGUGCCCCCUAGGAUUGAGAAAGGAGCUCGCCUCAUGACUGGUACCGUGGGGUCAACGGCCAGAAUCUCAUGUAACGCAACCGGUGAACCACGACCAGAUGUCACAUGGUUAAAGGAUGGCCGACUGAUCAGGGAGGACAGGAAGUACGUAGUGGAGGAUUCUGGGACUUUGUUGAUCAACUCUCUGGAUGCUGAUGACACAGGGAGCUAUACCUGUACGGCCAUCAACGUGGCAGGGAGGGACUCCAUGGAUAGAGUACUCAGGGUGCAAGUCCCUCCUAAGAUAACGGUGGCCCCCAGAAGUCAGGAAGUGAUACAGAACAGCAGAAUCGUGUUGUCAUGUGCCGCCACUGGAAUUCCUGUCCCCACGGUAACCUGGACCCUCAACGGAAAACCUGUCCCAGCUUCUCCAAGUAUAAAUGGGCGGAGUUUCCUUCACAUCCACCAUGCCCUGCGACAGGAUGCUGGGAUGUACACAUGUAUUGCUGAGAAUCCUGCUGGUUUGGUGACUGCCUCUGCGCCUGUACUAAUGAAAGUACCUCCCCAGGUCUCCGUCCCUGACAGUGAUGCCACGGUCAGUGUGGCUGACCAGGUGAUGCUGACCUGCUCUGUGGGUGGGGACCCUAACCCUGACAUCAGAUGGACCAAGAAUGGGCGCCCUGUGGAGCUCAGUGACCGAAUCGUCCAGCUACUAAAUGGUUCACUUGUUAUCUACGACUCUACGAGCUCUGACGCAGGAGAAUACAAGUGUGUGGCAUCUAAUGAUGCUGGGACUUCUGAGGGCGUGGCCAUGUUGACAGUCCAAGAGCCGCCUAUGUUUAAGAUUGAGCCGACCAACAUGAGGAUUGACCUUGGGAACACAGUGGUUAUGGACUGUGUGGCAGAAGGAGAGCCAACUCCUGACAUCUCCUGGUUACGAGGCUGGAGAGACAUUGUGACGGGGGAGAGAAUCUCUGUCCUACCCAACAACUCGCUCAGGAUACUAGCUGCCCAGAUGUCUGAUGCAGGACUGUACCGCUGUAAGGCCGCCAACAGACUGGGGAUCACCAUUGUGGAGGCCAACAUGACCAUUGUGGUCCACGGUCGGUUCUCUGAGUGGACGUCCUGGGGGUUGUGUAGCAGUACUUGCGGGGUGGGGCUACAAUUCCGGACUAGGGAGUGUGACAGUCCACCUCCUCAGAAUGGCGGGAGACAAUGCAUAGGCUCCUCCCUCGACUCCAAGACGUGUGUUUCUGGCCACUGUCCAGUUGAUGGAGAUUGGGGUAAUUGGUUGCCAUGGAAGUCAUGCAGUGUAUCAUGUGGAGAAGGGGAGAGAACCAGGGAAAGAGUUUGUAACAACCCCGCCCCACUUCACGGUGGUACCUCUUGCCCAGGUCCAUCUGUGGCUACCGACAUCUGUAACGAGGGACCCUGUCCAGUGGACGGUAAUUGGAGUGGGUGGGGAUCCUGGGGGUCAUGCAGUGUGUCCUGUGGGGAGGGGAUCCAUGAGAGACAGAGACUAUGUGAUAACCCACCCCAACAGUUUGGUGGACGUCAUUGCCGUGGUGACCAUGUCCAGUUUAAGACAUGUUCUGUUGAGCAGUGUGCAGUGGACGGUAUGUGGGGUCAGUGGAACCACUGGACAGCCUGCUCCCAGAGCUGUGGUGGGGGAGUAAGGUCAAGGACAAGGAGCUGUGACAGCCCCGCCCCCUCGUAUGGAGGAUCCACCUGUUCGGGGCGGUCCACCCUGACUGACUACUGUAACCCAGAACCCUGCCCAGUGAAUGGUAAUUGGGCGGGAUGGGAGAGCUGGGGGUCGUGCUCUGUGAGCUGUGGGGUGGGGCUCCAGAAAAGAUUUAGGACGUGUUCUAACCCCACCCCCAGCAUCAGUGGUCGCCCAUGUAUAGGGUCCAGUGAGGAAGGGCAGAGGUGUAACCACCCCCUUUGUCCAGUGGAUGGUUAUUGGGGUGGAUGGGGGCCUUGGUCCCCCUGUUCACAGACCUGUGGGGCAGGGUUCAAGGAAAGGAGUCGGACGUGCUCCACUCCCCAGCACGGGGGACAGUACUGUCAGGGGGACGAACUCCAGCGGGAUCUCUGUAGCCUGACCCCCUGUUCCAGAUUACCUGGUAAAGCCUUCGGGACGUUGGUUGGUUACAUCAAUGGUGUAGAUCUGACAGAGUCUACCAUUAAUGCUGUCAUGACAACCUCUGAUGAUGGACUGAACAUCAAGGUGGCGGCUACCAUCAAAGAUUUACCACCUAAUGUAGGUAGGCACAUGGAGCACCUGGUGUCUGUGCUGAGUCCUGUGUACUGGGUGACCACCUCAGAAAGGGGCGGGGCUAAAAAUGGACUCUCCCUGACAGAGGGCAAAUUCUCCAGAGACGUCCAAGUGGAGUAUGCAACUGGGGAGAUAGUGAGGAUGUCUCAGUAUGCCAAUGGAGUGGACGAGGAUGGUGUGUUACAGAUCGAUGUCAUCAUACGGGGGGAGGUUCCUGAUCUGUCACAGGGGGCGGAGCUUACACUGACCCCAUACUACGAAAACUACAUACAGACAGGACAAGGUAAUAUCUUUGCCCGGUCUUCUCGUACAAUUCGAUUGGAUGGCCAUCUCCUUCCAUACUCCUGGAAUCACACAAUCUCGUACGAAACGACUGAGAUAAUGCCGUUCUUGGUUGAGACGUUACACACUAAGGACAUCACGUCAUCUGUCAGUCCGACAGGGGACCAGGUGGAGUUUACUCUGCUCACCAGCAUCACCCCAGGUACUCCCAGUAACCAGUGCCCCUCCGGCUUUCACCUGGACAGCAGUGGAAAGUUCUGUUUUGAUGAUGAUGAGUGCUGGCCAAUCAAUCCCUGCUCCCACCACUGUCACAACUCCCCAGGAAGGUUUGCCUGCUCCUGUCCCCCAGGGUACAUCCUGGGUCGUGACGGACGGUCCUGUGAGGAUCUGGACGAGUGUCGCUGGAAUAAUGGGGGGUGUGGGUCUGACCAGGAGUGUCUGAACACCCAGGGGUCGUACCACUGUGCCACGGUCUGUAAGGCGGGAUACAGGAGGAACAAGGACAUGUUCUGUAUAGACAUAGACGAGUGCAGUGAGGACCCUCUGAUCUGUGGACAAUACUGCAGGAACACAGCCGGCUCCUACCAAUGUUCCUGUUCCCUGGGGUUCAAACUCAAGUCCAAUGGAAAAUGUACAGAUGUAAACGAGUGUACAGAGGGAAUGUCGGCCUGCUCCCACAUCUGUAGGAAUCAGAUCGGUAGUUACCGCUGUACCUGUCCCUCAGGCUACAGACUUGUCUCCAAUGUCACCUGUCAAGAUGUGGACGAGUGUGAGGAAGGUGUCCACAGGUGUACAGAGGAACAAGAGUGUCACAACAUACAGGGAAGUUACCAAUGUCAGCAGAAGUGUACAGACGGAUACCAGGAUGUAAAUGGUCGGUGUGUAGAUAUAGAUGAGUGUUCUGUAAACAGCCACCAGUGUUACUCCAACCAGCGCUGUGUGAACUCUCCUGGGGGAUACAGCUGUCAGUGUGAGUCAGGGUACCGGGCAGCCGGCAUAGGACAGCCCUGUCUGGAUAUUGAUGAAUGUAGAGAAUCUCCCGGUGUAUGUGCUUACCGCUGUCACAACACCCAGGGCAGUUUUAUUUGUGUGUGCCCGCUGGGCCAGAUUCUACUGGCAGAAAAACGCUCAUGUGCUGGGCUAGAGUAUUUGGAACCUGAUCCAGGUCAGAAUUUUGUCAGGCCAGCCAACCAGAAACUGGAACUAUUGCAUAGUGUUCAUAACAAAGGGUGCAGAUAUUCCAAGAAAUGUCUCAAAAGAAAUAAACGCUCACAUUGUCUGCCAGGGUUCCAAUUCAGUGUAUCCCAGAAUGCUUGUGUAGACAUCAACGAGUGUAGAGAAGACCCCAGCAUCUGUCAACACAACUGUAGUAACACAAUAGGGGGCUACCAGUGUACCUGUCCCCCGGGCUACAAACUGGGCAGGAAUGGAAGGAACUGUGUGGAUAUCAAUGAAUGCAUCAGCUCUAACAUUGAGUGUGGACCAGAGAAGAUGUGCUUCAACAAGAGAGGCGAUGUGGACUGUAUUGAUAUACCAUGUCCUGAAAACUACUCCAGGGAUCCACUCACCAAAUACUGUGUUCUUGAGUGCAUAGACUCAUCUCUCUGUCCAGAGGGCGCUAAAUAUGCCGAUGUGAUCGAGUUCCGAACACUAGCACUCCCUAGCGGAAUAUUGCCUCAACAGGAUUUAAUUCGAUUGACAGUAUUUAACCAAAACAACGUAAAAAUGGUGAAAACAGAUUUCGUGAUAUUAGAAAAUGACACUCAGGUGACCUUUAACCUGAGGCCAUCCGAGGGGACGGGGAUUCUGUAUACAGAGCAGCCCCUGGAGGAGCUAGAGACGUAUAGAAUCAAAGUGAGAGCCCGGUCCUAUAGUGCAGAGACAGGGGUGCUACAGUAUCAGACAACUUUUAUGAUCCAUAUAUCUAUUUCUGCGUACCCGUAUUGAUGAGUGGUUGGAAGGUGUUUACUGAUGAUUUCAUUUCAUAAUGAAUGAUAACUUGCUUGUGUGAUUUUAUAAUGCAUGUGUGAGUUGAAUGUAUUUAGUGAUUUUUGAAUGUGUUGUAUACUUAUUUCAUAGGGCACGAUUUAGUCUGCGGAUUUAAUUAUAUUUUAUGAUGAGAAAACGCUUUUAUAGGUCAGUAGUGCAAUUUUUCUUUUAAAAAAAGCAACAUAAUUAUUGGUUUGUAUAUAUGUUGAGGUUGCAAUUGAUGUGACUAAGGUAGGGAUUCAGACUUCAUAAUGAAUGCCUAAAAUAUGUCACAGGUUUUUUUUUAAUAGAAGUCAUAUCAUUUAUGAAUAUUGACUCUCUAUUUACGGUAUUAUACGUUAAUAUUGUUGCAUUGAAAUGAAUAUCACUUCAUUAAGGUUCUCUGAUCAUCAGCCUCAAAGUAUUUUUUUCAUCCAAAAAAUGUUAUUUGUCCUUCAAACUUUAAAAUGAAAUCAAAUAAAAUUAAAUUUUGAGAUGGUAUCCUUGUGCAUUUUAAAAAGUUAUUGCAAAGCCCAUGAUAAAUAUACUGGAAUAAUAAAACAAGUUGAGAUAAAAAAAAGAAAAAAAAGAAAAAAGGUUGUAUCGAUGGCUCGAACCCAAUCAUUUCUUUGAAUGCUAACACUAGAAAACCAAUCAAAUUUGUGUAUAUAAAAGGCAGAGGUUUGGAAUGAAUAAAGAGAAAAUCGGAUAAAUUGGAGAUAUCGGACAUGGCUGAGGGUCGGAAAUUGUUAAGUGUAUGCUAAAUUGACAAAGAUGUAUCCAAAAUCAUACAUUUCUGAUAUGUACCAUAUGUUGAUAAUAAAAUCGUUGAUAUAAAUUC